ACUACAAACUGUAAGCAACUACCCUGCUAUUCCUGGCAAUGUCAUUGUCCAACUGCACAACCUGAGGUAUGCUCAAGGGAUGACAUUGGAGGAUGCCAUCACCUUCACCCAUUCAGGAAGGACACACAAGAAACCAUGCUGGGUAAACUGCGCCCCAUUGUGGCUACCUUUGUCUACCAGCAUGCCAUCCAGGAGUUCAAACAAGAAGGUGUUGACUUCACACAGCAUCUAUAUAUCCCUGAAGUGGACCCCACUACUCCUGAGGAGCGGCAUGAUCGGGGUGAUCAUAACCACAUUUACAAGAGGAUGGUGCAGCAUGUGCGAAAUUGUGGUUACACAAUGUUGAACUACGAAGCUUUUGACAAUGUCUGGAAAGAUCCCAGUAGUGGUCUUAUCCACACAGCUUUCAGUGGCAAGCGAAAGCAGAGCCUGAAAGAUGCUGAAAGGCUUCUGUUGUACCAUGUGGUACAUUCAUUGGAAAGACACGGUCAUGUCAGAGAGGCUGAAUAUGUGAAAGUACUUGUACAGUGGCAUGAAGCGUCAGAUGGGCGUGGCUUGUCUCAGCUUACCAGAUGCAAGUACAAUUACCAGAUGCUGGCAUUGAUCCUUGCUGAGUGGAUGCAUUGGCAUCCCACAAACUAUGACUUCUCUACAAUAGACAUCAACAGGCCUGUUAAAAACAUUUGUGGCUUUUGAUGUGAGACUGUAAUUGAAGUCACAACCAACAUCGAGAGCUAGGAACAGAGAAGGUUACAGAACAGUGUUAUUGGAUAUCCUGAACACUCUCAUGCUGGUGUUACUAAUGACUUGGAAACCUUUUUUGCCAUUAGUCACAGAGACAUUGGAAAUGUCUUCAUUCUAAAGCAGUUCAAAGAGUACUGGCCAAAGGGAGUUAGGGAAUUCAGCAAGAGAAUGGAUGGUGACCUUCCAUUUUAUUAUUGGACCCUGAGUGAAAGGUACUCAGAAGAAGAACUCCCCUCCUUUGAUGUCUGUCCUGAAAUUGAUGAGGACCAGGAACUGAGGAGCCACCCUCUCCGUCUGCACAGACUAGUCAUUAACCAAAGAGAGGACAGUUCAAUCUUUGUUGCUGGCCAUGCACACCUGCCAGCAAGGCAUAAGAAAACCAUUCGACAAUCGUUCCAUAAGCCUGAAGAUUGUUGUAAAUGAGAGAAGACGUUUGCCUGCAGAAUAUUAGGCUUUAAUUAUCAAAUCUCUUACUAACACAAAACAUGGCAGCCAACUGCAACCAUGAGGUAACCACAAGGAUUGCAGGCUCAUAUAAUAAAGUUAAAUCACACUACAUGUACGACACAAUGAAUUAUAAUGUAACGCAACACUUGCAGUGUUCAAGUGUCUAGAGGGCCUUUAAGAGGGCCUUUUACAAUGUCAUUUUCACCACAAAGAUAUUUUACCAAAUCCACUGUAAAAUGUCCUGUUGAAGGGUGUGGUGCAAUUGAGGAGGGAAAUGUCACCCUUAUUUGUGAAGUUUUUACUUUCACACUGAAUUACACAAUUUAUUGGACAAUACCAUUUUAUAAUGGGAUUAAUACUGCAACUCUCAUUUUGUUGUUAAAACCGGUCCUAAAAAUUAAUUUAGCCUACUUAGUUACACAUUACUCUUUCCCUUGUUUAAGCUAGAUAAAGAGUGUAAAAUUUAAAAUGCUACACUUCAGUUUUAAAAGGAAAUUUCAAUUUUCAACAAAAGCAAUAACAACUGCUCUCAAUAAGCACACUCUUCAAUUACCUUAUGUAUGGUUUUCCAAAAUAGAAUCUGUUCAAAUUGAAAACUAGCAAGUUAAAUUUACUCUUCAAAUUAUGAGAAAAUAUGGAAAAAUAAUCUUUUGCUUAGUGAAAACAAUGGUAUCAUACUGAUAAAUAUAACAUUUCAUAUUUCCUGUACCUGUUUUGAAACAGUGAAAAGCAAGUAGGAGUUAGGCUAUUGCACACCAUUUUGCUAAUGCUACAGUGUAGCUCCAGGCCCUUGUGGGGCAAAAUUUGAGCCAUGUAUUGAAUGAAAGAGGCAAUUUUUGGCAUAGUGAUCACUUCUUGCCCACACAAGGGAAUGGAACUAGCAAAUAUUUGCAUUAGCAAAAUGGCCUGUUGACAUUAAUUGUAAGGUAUCUAAAUUACUCCCCUUCCACAAGAUUUCAUUUGGCCUUGAAAUAGUCACUAAGCACAAGGCUGAAAAUUUUGAUCAGGAUACAACAAGGAAUAUUCCUCAACAAUCAGGCAGUAGAACAUUGUGGAGAAAAAAGCUUAUCAAGAAAACAGGUUUUGUAGUGUAUCUCUCCUUCCAAAAAACUUGUGCAUGGUACAGUGGCAGGAUAUAAAUCACUUCUUUUUGUAUAGUGUAGAAAGUUGUCCAACAGUGGUGUUGGUUAACAUUAUUCACAAAAAGCCUCAUGCAGUAAUACAUCGGGUGCCCUAGAUUAACCACCAAGAGUUGUUUACACAUUUAAUUCAUCCCAAACUUUUGUCCAUACUGUUUUCAUGGGUGUAUUCUCAUCUUGGCUGUUUUGGAAAUUCAUUCCUAAUAAAAUUUAUAAAUUUGCACUUUCAAAUGGCGGUUUGUGUGUGAAAUUAGCUAGUUUAAUGUAUCCAUGCUAUUAGUUGAGUGGCAAAUUGCCAGAAUAUUACAUGUAGUUUCAAACAAAACCCUCAGGCAGGGGUGCCUGGAAGAACAAGAUGAACUUUAUUUAAAGAAGUUAAACAGAAAGAAAGUUGCAACCUUAAGUUAAUAUUUUUUGUGCAAAUCUAAACAAAUCAUUGGAUAUUUUCUUUCCUUACAAAAUUUUGAUGAAUUAAAAAGUCUUAAAUAAUAGUUAUUAUUAGCCUGCUCGAGCAAUUGUGUCCAAUCCUGAUUGUUGUGCACUUGUAUUGUUGAAUUCAUCAGGUGUCUUUUGGUGGGUUAUUUAACAAAAGUCUGCAAUGUUGCAUUAUAACUGUAUAUACAACUUCCCCUCAUAUUCCAGCAACUAAAUGCUGUCAUUGUAUUUGUAGUCUUUUUUUGUUCUGGGGCCACCUACCCAUCUUUGAAACAGCAAUUGAUGGAAAGAACCUAAAAUCAUUGAUGGGUGGAACAUACUGAUAAAAAACAUUUUUAACAGUGACCAGUUGAACUUCAUUAGUCCACAGUGCAGUUGUCACUUUGGACACUUUUGGACCAGGAAUAUAUCCAAUGGGCUUCCACAGCUCUUCUGACCCUGACCUAAUUUCACCUGAACAACAAUCGCAUUCUCAUCAUGUCUGUUUGUUGGUUUGAAGUGUAAACGAACAGACACUGUUUCCUUCUUCAUCAGUGCCUCUUUCCAUUGUCUUAAGUGACUCUGAAAUGAUGAAUGAUAGUUGCUUCCUUUCAGAUUCAUUGUUUCAGUGAAAAGCUCAACAUUUCCAGCAUCAGUGUCGUCACUAUCUCCAGAACUAAGUUCCUGUUCUUCACUCUCAGAUACGUCUUCCUCACCAUUUGACUUGCUGCCCAAGUCUAAAUUUUGGGAGACUGUUUCAGUUUCAUCUUGUGAAGAAACAGUGAUAUCCCCCAGGUGUGGAAACUUGGUGCAAUUACAAUUAACUUUACCAAACACGAGUCUUGGCAUAAUCACCAAGCCAUCUGCUGGGUUUUCCUCUGGAUGCACUGCAUAAGCUGCGGCUGUCAUGCCACUUGCAUGAUCAAACUCCCACACAACAGCAAUUUUGGCCUCUUCGCCAUCCUCUGUCUCUUCAGGGGCAACCUUGAUGUGUGAAGAAAAUCAUAAAUCAAGAUGAGGAAUACAGGUAACCUUUCGUGAUAUACGCUUCGGAACAAGAAAUGUACAUAAUCUUUCAAAGUUAUCGGUAUGUAGAGCUGGAAACAGAGAGGCUGCAGUUUUGUAAAAACUGGUUGAAUACGAAACGACAAGUAAACAAAAUGACCAGCUUCUGCACUGUAAAGGAAAUGUUCGAACGAAAUGAUCUAUUCAAAGGCCGUGAGCACUUUUCUUUAAAUGGUUUGGCCACGGUUAUCAAUAAUUAAAUAAGUUUACUUAUAUUAAAUGCAGCACUUGACUUGACUUCUUUACAGCAUGGUGAUUUCACUCCAGCAAACUUUCCAAGCACAGCAUCACAGUCAGGAAAGACAACUAAUCGUCGUUCCGACAAGUCCAUCAUGAAGCAGACGUGUCUGUAUAAGCACUUCAGCUUUAAUAUCGGAAAACUGUCAACUGAUAGUUCGAAUCUGUCAUUUUGGUCAAGACAGUGCACCUAGAUAAAACGAUUCUGACAGAAAAUUUUGAUGUCACACAGCCUUUUCACUACAGCAUCCAUCUUUAAACUGAAGGAUCAUGUGAUCUAACGAUUUCAAUAAUAUACUUCAAAUGCAAUGCAUCAUGGGAUAUAUACAAAUCCCCCCUUGUUUGGGGGUCCCCUAUACUUUUUUCGUGACGCGUGAAUGGGCGUUUUUUUCUUUGUGUGAAGCGUGAAUGAGGAUUUUUUUUCCCGUGAUUCAUGAAUCUAUAUUUUUCCGUCCUUGGGAAACUGGUUUUCGAUUUUUUUGUGAUCCAUGAAAAAUGCAUUUACUUUCGUGUGAUUUGUGAACCAUCGACUUUUGUGGGAAUAAUUUUUCACACUUUUGGAGAUUUUAGUGUCAUAAAAGCUUGUAAACUACACCAAACUGGAUGUAAAAAGCGUGAUGGCCUGCCUUUCUCGACAUCUCUUGACGCGCGUAAGGAUGAAGGACUGAGAACUAACCACAGCAACAGUGAACCAGGAGGGCCUAGAAUCUAGUCUGUCACGCUGUGUCACACACGCGGGGUAUCACGCCAUUUCGAUCG